GAAAGUUUAAAUUCCAUAAUGUGAAAAAUACUGAAAAUACGUAUAAGUGAGAUCUUUCACACAUUUAACAAUGCUAAACCAUGACUUUCUAAACCAUGACCAACGAAAACUUUUUUUUAAAAAAACUUUAUUACACGAAGAUUCCUAGAACUAAACGCGUCAUUGCCUGACCCAAAGAAUUUCAGGUAAGUGAGGUUCACCAUCCUGAUUUUAAUCAAAGGCUUCGAUUUCCAUCUGAAUGCCAGCCAGCUUAAGAGGAGGCUGCUGCCUUAAAGGAGCGAUGAAAACGAAGAAGUUCUCAGGUCACAAACUUAGCUCAGAUUCCAGCCCCGACAGAUCUUGAGCCAAUGUGGCAUCACUUUCAGAGCUUCCCAGUCCGUGAGUCAAGCCCCCGCCCCCUCCUCUCCCCGGGACUGCCUCGGGGAUGAGGUUUACUAACAAUUUCUCCGAGUGCCGGCGGAGCCAAGGAGCGCUGGAAUCCAGCGUCUGGGAGAGGCUUGGGAAGCUCUUCCUCGGCUUCCGCAGCCGCAAAGUAGGGCUGCCAGCGCCAGGAUCGGCACACACGCCACCGCCACCUCCCCAACCCCCAAAUGGCUGGGAUACGGAGGGAAAGGAGGACGCGAGGGUGUGCCACCCAACCCCGCAGAGUGAAGUCGAGGCCCCGUGGACCGUCGAGGAAAUCGCGGCUGGGCCGGCCUGAUCCGACGCACGGAAUGCGAUCUCCAGGUUCUCAUCGCGUUCCCGGCUCAGUGCUCGGCGUUCAAGGGGGUGGGGAGGGGCGAAAAGCUGCCCCUCGAGGCUGCUCAGCCGCUGGGGAAGUCCGUGGCUCAGUCUUCACGCGUCAGGCGCUCUCUCGGAGCCUAGCCGAGCCGGGCCCGGGCGCGCAGCCCGCGGCGCUUCACUCUCAGCCGGGGACGUGGCUCUCCGUCUCCGGCCCGUGCCGGGCCAGCCCCGCAGGCUACCCGCCCGAAACUCCAGAAGAAAGUUGCGCCGCGCGCCCCAGCUCGCCCCUUGCGCGCCCCGCCGCUUACCGCUCCCCGCCGAGGCUUCGUUCUUUCCGGCGUCGCCUCCGCAGCCUCCAGAGCCAGCUCCCGGCCCUCCUCACACCAGGGCGCCCGGGCUCCCGGCCCUUUCCGAACCGAGCCCUCCGCGCCACCGCCGCGCCAUGGGUGCUGGUGGGCGCCGCGCCCCGGGAUGCGCUGCUGCAGCCUCGGGCGGCGCUACUGAGAGCCGGGCCGGCGCGGGCGGAAAUUGCAUUUAAGAGGAACCCCUUACAAACAGGCCAAGAGGAAGUGGUGCUAUUAAAUUUUUUAAAUGUUUGCUCAGGUACCAGCAAGGGUUACUCUGUUGCUGCCAAGAGAUUUUGGCUGGAGUGCAAUGGCGCGAUCUCGGCUCACUGCAAAUUCUGCUUCCCUGGUUAAAGCGACUCUCCUGCCACAGUCUCCUGAGUAGCUGGGAUUGCAGGC